ACUGCUUGGCGUACGUUUCACUAUCACAAUGAGUGCUGCAAUAUAUUUGUUAGGUGUUAUUGGUGUACUGCUGUACACAUACCUCAAGUGGACCUUCAGUUUCUGGGAGCGCAAGGGCUUUCCCUGCAACCGGGGCAGCAUACCCUUUGGAGCUCUGGACUCGGUGCGCAGGAAUAAGCGGUCCUUCGGCCUGGCCAUCUACGAUAUGUACUUAUCGAGUAAAAAGCCUUUCAUAGGCAUCUAUCUGACCCUCAGACCCGCCCUGCUGGUGCGUGAUGCCCAGCUGGCCUACGAUAUGCUCGUCAAGGACUUUGCCAGCUUCCAUGAUCGCGGCAUUUACGUUGACGAGAAGCAUGAUGCCUUAUCGGCCAAUCUCUUCUCAAUGGAGGGCAAGAGUUGGAGAACAAUGCGCACAAAGAUGUCUCCUUCCUUCACAUCUGGCAAACUGAAGGCCAUGUUCAGCACAUCUGAGGAUGUUGCCGACAAAAUGGUGGCCCAUUUAAAUAAAAAUCUUCAGCAGUCAGGCGCAUCUGAAAUCGAUAUGAAGAAUUUAAUGGCAUGCUAUGGUAUUGAUAUCAUUGCCUCCACUAUACUUGGUUUGGAUGUCGACAGCUUCACGGAACCCGAAAACGAGUUGCGCAGAAUUAGUAAAAAGGUUACCGACAACAAGGCGGAAAACAUUUUGCGUGGAACCACCCUUUUUUUGUACCCAGGUCUGGAAAAACUAUUCGUCCGUCUGGGCUGGAGAUCACCGGGACAGAGAGACAUGCAAAGUCUGGUGCACCACACGAUUAUGCUGAGAGAGAAAACCAAUGUGGAGCGUCGCGACUUGAUGCAGCUGCUCUUACAGCUGCGCAACACUGGCCAGGUUAACAACGAUGACGGAAUCUGGUCGGCAGAGGCGACCGUGAAUAGUGUGAAGACGCUCUCCAAGGACAACGUAGCGGCACAGUUGUUUUUGUUCUUUGUAGCCGGCUAUGAAACGACUGCCUCGACUAUUGCGUUCACAUUAUAUGAGCUAGCACAGAAUCCGGAUGUUUUGGCCAAGCUGCUGGACGACAUUAACCAAACACUGGCUAAGCACAACGGAGAACUUAACUAUGAUAGCAUACAGGAUAUGAAGUACUUGGAGCUCUGUGUGAUGGAGACCACUCGGAAGUAUCCCGCUCUGCCGAUACUCAAUCGCAUGUGCAACCAGGACUAUCCUCUGCCAAACAGCAAUCUGGUGCUGAAGAAGGGCACCGAAAUAAUCAUCUCUCUGCUGGGCAUGCAGCGUGACGAGGAAUACUUUCCGGAUCCGCUCAGAUACCAGCCGGAACGCUUCACUGAGGAGCACAGAAACUACACACCUGCCGCUUACAUGCCCUUCGGCGUUGGACCGCGUCAGUGCAUAGCGGCUAGAAUGGGCAAGCUGAAUGUGAAGAUUGCACUAACGAAAAUACUUACCAACUUUAAAGUAGAGAGCCAGGAGAAACGUGAAAUUGAGUUCACAGUUCACGGUGUUCCUCUGCUCCCUAAAGGGGGUGUGCCUGUGAGACUAUCUAAGAAGCAAUAGG